AUGAAUUGCCCCUCGCGGACAGAUAACACCCUGGAGAACCCAGGCUGGAACCAGAAUCCGCCACCCUUCAGUCCUGACACCACCACUCGCAAUGACUUCAAUGGUAUCGCCAAUUCUCGUGUUCACCGCAAGAAUUCCACUGGUGGGGGCGGGGUCGGGGAUGACACAAUGUCUAUAGAUCCGCGACCGCAUAGUCAACAUGACUGUGAUCCGGGCAUAGAAAAGGCCCCGGACGGUGAAGUGAUCGCGGCCUCGGGGUGUGAACCACCCUCGAGAGCCAGCGAAUCACCUCGCCGUCCUUUCAAAGAAUACAUUUCCUCUUCUGCUCUACACUGUGCACGUAGUCUUGUCAAGUUUGGCCGUUUCAUAGGACCCGGCUUCCUUAUUGCAGUUGCCUAUAUUGAUCCAGGAAACUACGCCACUGAUGUUUCUGCCGGUGCAGAAUUCAAAUUUGCACUGCUGUUUAUCGUGCUUCUUUCCAACCUCUUUGCUAUUUUGCUACAGUCUCUCUGUGUGAAACUUGGUACCGUCACUGGGUUGAACCUCGCGGAGAAUUGUCGUGAACAUUUGCCACCAUGGUUGGUAUACAUCCUCUAUUUCUUUGCGGAAGCAGCUAUAAUCGCAACUGAUAUUGCAGAGGUCAUUGGUUCAGCUAUUGCACUGAACCUACUCUUAAACAUCCCCUUGGUGGCAGGCUGUGCCAUCACCUUGGUGGAUGUCUUCUUCUUACUCCUCUUUUGGCGUCCUAAUGGUUCCAUGUGGGGUCUGCGCUUAUUCGAGUUCUUUGUCAUGGGGCUGGUGCUAGCAGUUGUCAUCUGCUUUUGUAUCCAGCUCGCUAUGAUCAAGGAUCAAUCCGUUGGAGAGGUCUUUCGCGGUUACCUCCCUCGUCUGCGAUUACUCUACCAAAGCUGCGGUAUCCUCGGUGCCACGGUCAUGCCACAUUCCCUUUUCCUAGGCAGUGGAGUUGUUCAGUCCCGCCUGAAGGACUUUGAUGUCACUGCUGGAUACGUCUCAUCCACUGUCCCGCUAGGCAGCAAUGGCGGCGAGGUUGAGUAUCGACCCUCCAUUCAUGCUAUUCGUGGCUGCUUAAAGUAUUCGAUCAUCGAGCUGGCACUAUCGCUCUUCACCUUCGCUCUUUUUGUCAACAGUGCUAUUCUCAUUGUGGCUGGUGCAUCCCUGUAUGACGUCCCUGGCGGUAGUGACACUGACCUCUUCGGCAUCCAUUCGCUGCUCUCCUCGUCUAUCUCCCCUGCCGCUGGCUUGGUUUUCGCUCUAGCACUACUCUUGUCUGGCAUUUCUGCCGGAAUCGUGUGCACUAUGGCUGGUCAAAUGGUCAGCGAGGGGAUGCUGAACUGGAGCGUGCAGCCAUGGAUACGCCGGCUUGUUACUCGUUCUAUCAGCAUCAUUCCUGCCAUCGCCAUCGCGGCUUCUAUCGGAAAGGAAGGACUGGACACGGCCCUCACGGCUAGCCAAGUUGUUCUUAGCGUUAUUCUGCCAUUUGUCUCUGCGCCACUUAUUUGGUUCACCUGCUUCAACCGUUACAUGACCGUCAAAACCGAAUCUGACUCUGGCGAUGGUGAGAACGAGGUCGAAAUCGAAGAUGUCCCGAUGAGGAACAGCCUGUUCACCUCGAUCAUUGCUGUGCUCGUCUGGCUUCUAAUUGUCAUUAUGAACGUGGCUCUACUGGUUUUGGUUGGAAUGGGCAAAAAUUGA